AUGGAUUAUCCACUUGCUACUGGGCACGUCAAGAACAAAGUCUUGAGCAUCCUGGAUAGUGCUGUGCAACUCAACCUGGUGAGGAAAGGAAUCAAUGAAGUUCUCAAGACUUUGGAGCGAGGACAAACAGGUUUCGUCGUUUUAGCAUCCGAUACAGAGCCGCUGGAGAUCGUUUCGAGUGUGAUAACCGAAGCAACCAUGAAGAACCUUAGCUAUGUAUUCGUUCCCUCAAAGCUGGAAUUGGGACGCAUAUGUGGAAUAGCCAGACCGGUGAGCGCUGUGAUUGUAACGAGCUCCAAGGGCGAUGUGGAUGCUCACACUCGCGAGUUUGAAGAUGCGAUUGCCACCCUUUUGAUUUAA